UGUUAUCACGGCAUAACCUGAAGCCCACGCAGCUGCGCUGCCCUUUACUAUCCAAUCCGAAGUUCCACAAAGAUGCGGAGGGCUGAGCUGACGACGAUUGAUCAUUAACUGACUGACUUGCAGCGACAGUGGAAUUUCCCUCCUCCAAGGCACAGCUGACCGCUUCGCCGACCGAAUCAUCCGGCAAACGCAGCUGCCCACAGUCAAUGCAAAUCCUGGGAAAGGCAAAUAUGGUGGCGCUGUCUUUUCCUUCUUCGUUUGUGUCCACAAAUCACGAUGCUCCCCCCGAAGAGUUUCGCUGGAUAGCUUCCGUCUUCAUUGGCAUCGUGAUGUGCAUUAUAGUUUAUCAAGUAACUGGGUUCAUCAGCCUCUUGUGUUUUAAUGGGUACAGUAGGCUCAAAAAAAUGGAAAGAGUAGAGUGGAAGAACAGGGGAUUCUCUACAUUCCAUGCGCUUGUUGUAGCAUUUGCUUCUCUGUACCUCCUGUUGUUAUCUGACCAAUUCAAAGAGGAUUCUCAUGGCAAGUCAAUCAUCAACCACACGUCUACUUUGUCAGAUACAAUAUUGGGGGGAAUCCUCAUGGAUGGUCAUCAUAAUGGUGGUGCACAUUUGCACAUGAAAAGGGUAUCACUUGGCUAUUUUCUGUCAGACCUGGGGAUGAUUUUUUGGCAUUUUCCAGCAUUGGGUGGCUGGGAGUAUGUCCUACACCAUGGAUUAUCUAUGUUUUCCAUUUUCCUCUCCUUGAUGAGCGGUCAAGGACAAAUAUACAUACUAAUGGUUCUCUUCACGGAGAGCACAACUCCCUUCGUGAAUUUAAGAUGGUACUUGGAUGUUGCUGGCCAAAAGAAUUCAAAGCUUUAUCUCUGCAAUGGCAUCCUGUUGUUCUUGGGUUGGUUGGUUGCAAGGAUAAUUCUAUUUAUCAUCUUCUUCAUCCACAUGCUUCUCCACUUUGAUCAGGUGAAACAGAUUUUCGACUUGGGCUUCUAUAGCUUGCUCGUGGUGGGCCCUAUUCUGGCAUUGAUGAACUUCUUCUGGUUCUGGAAGAUUGCCAAGGGCUUGGUGAAAACUCUGUCCAAAGCUCGCCACAAUACGUGAAUCUGUUCUGAUGACUACAUUCGCCGGAAGAAUUCUGCUAAGUUGAGUCCUGGUCACAGCCUCAACUAACCAGGAACAACAUACGAAGGAACAAUAUCGUUAUACAGUAACUUUAUGUAAGUAAUUGUCUCGUCUCAUACCUUGCAUCGAGCAAUGAGAUCUGGCGGAGCUUGACGUCAUCGGCUUUUGUCAUUUAUAGUGCUAUAUAUAUAUAUACAUAUGUUUAUGUGUGCGUGUGUUUUUUGCCCGAGUAUUAUGUGUGUGUGAGUUCUCCUGUUGUUUGUUGCCUCCUUCGUUGGUUCAUUAGUGGGAUUCAAGGACAUCCCUAGACGUGAAUCUUGUAGAGACAUAUUGAGCCGGAUCAUAUUGGGCCUACUCAAGCCCAGCCCGAUUUGGUGAAACAGCCCUCGAGC